AUGGACGAUCUGGAGGCCUCCGUAUCAGAGAAGAUGAGGCGGGACGAGCCAGGGCAUACGGCGUCGACGGCGAUCAUGGAUCGCGGCGACCAUGCGUGCGUCGACCACAUCAGCUCGCUCCCUGACGAAAUCCUCGGCAGCAUCAUCUCCCUUAUCCCCGUCAAGGAAACCACGCGGACAACCGUUCUCUCCUCCCGAUGGCGCCACCUCUGGCGCUCCGCGCCGCUCAACCUUGCCGUCGACAAGGACCUCUGCAUGAAGGAAAGCGAGUGGAUUUCCAUCGUCUCUAUGAUCCUAGCCGCGCACCCUGGUCCCGCCCGCCGCCUCUGCCUCUACAACCCUCUCAAGAUCGACAUCGGCCGUGACCUCUACGCCAAGUUCGAUGGCUGGUUCCGGUCCCCCGCCCUCGACGGCCUCGAGGAGCUCGAUUACUGCUGGAGCGACAAACCACCACGCACGCUGCCGCUGCCGCUGCCCGUCCUCCGCUUCGCGUCCUCACUGCGCAUCGCCAUCAUCGGCGGCUGCGAUUUCCCCGAGAUUAACGCUGCUCCGGCGCUUAGUUUCCCUCGGCUGAAGCAUCUCAAACUCUACGGAAUCCACAUCUCCGAAGGAACCCUGCACCACCUGCUCGCCGGCUGUACUGUGCUUGAGGGCCUCGAGCUUCGCAGGAUCCGUGGGCUCAGCAGCAUCCGGAUCGUCUCGCCGACUCUACGAAGUAUUGGCGUAUGCGUAUCUACUUUUAACCAAUAUGAUGAAGCGCUUCUUUUUCGAGAACUUGUCAUCGAGGAUGCACCUUGCCUUGAAAGAUUAAUGCAAGCCGGUUGGUAUGGCCCAAGGACAAUCAGGGUCAUCAUGGCGCCCAAACUGACCGUAUUGGGCUACCUGUCUAAAACAAUCUCCAAACUUGUGAUUGGAACCAUAAUUAUUAAGGAAAUGAUCCCCAUCAGGCUCACUGAGGUGGUGCGUACAGUGAAGGUCUUGACUCUAGAAUCUAUCGGCCCCAAUUUGGAUUCAGUUGUUGGAUUACUUAGAUGCUUUCCCUGCAUAGAGAAGCUAUACGUCCAGUCAUGUUUCAGGAAUGAUAUGAAAAAUGUGCGGCAAUAUGACACAUUCGAUCCUAUCGAAUGCCUUGAUGUCCAUCUCAAAGCAGUAGUAUUGAACGCAUAUGAAGGGAAGACACCCGAUGUUACCUUUGCCAAGUUUUUUGUUUUGAAUGCAAAGGUGCUCAAGGUAAUGAAAUUUGGUGCCUAUGGUUUUUCUAUAACAAGCACAAGCAUGAUAUGUGGAUGGCUGAUCCCUUCGUUAGCUCACUAUGUAAAUGUUGUUGACCCGCUUGAUGCCCUUGAUAGAUUCUGUGGGAUCGUCUAG